AUUUAGAUCAGUUUUAAUGUGAGUUGCAACUUUUCCUACAUCUUUUAAGGUCGUGUAUGAUCAGUUUUGCUUUGUAUUGUGGCCUCCAUCUACAGGCCCCUGUAUCUUGAAUUUAUGUAAAUGAUGCUUGAUGACGACUAACAGGUUAAAAAAAUGCUCAUGCAGUAGCUGUUUGCAAAGAUGUCCUUGGCAUUUCUGGGUCAUGGUUUGCAAGAUUCUAAAAUUAUGCAGUCUAUUAUUCAGCUGGUGCUUUUGGUUUCAGUUGAAGCAUCGGUCAAUGCUAGUCUAUUAAAAAAAAUCAAACUUCCCUUUCAAACACUUGCAUUAUCUUGCAUACUCUUUAUUCUUUGACUCAUAAUAAGACCAUCUUUGUUAUCAUUCGUUGAUGUUUUGACGGUCUUUAAGUCGUCAAUGUUUGCCAACAUUGGGCAACCAUCUCUAUAAAUGUUUAUAAUCUCACAUUUAGUCAUAUGUAGUGCUGCAAGUACUUGAUUUCUAAGUCUCCAAUGAUCUGUUAUUAACAUAGGCCUUAUAUAUAAAAAAAAAAAAAAAAAAAAAAAAAAAAGGAUAACUGCUCCUUGCCACAACCACAAUAUAACAGAUCACUUAUUAGGGCCUGAGCACCGAUCGUGUGAGGACCCUAUUGUAAUUGCUCGGUCAAUUAUUCUUCUUCUCCGAAAUUAAUCACAUUUUUGAGGGCCUAAACGUGCUCGAAAACUCAUGAAAUUUUGCACACGCGUCAGAAGUGGUGAAAAAUUACGUCUGAUAUCGGUUUCAGAAUUAAGUGUGGCAAAAUGGCUUGAUAGCGCCACCUACAAAAUUUCAAUUAAGCGGCAUUCGCGCUACGUUUCACAUACAAGUAUGAAAUUCGGUGGACACAUCUAAUAGCCCAAUACCUACAACAAAGUCCAUAGGUGCAAAAUCUGAAAACCCAACAGGAAGUCAGAUAUUUUGAAUUUUCUCAGCAAAAUUUUUGCAGUUUUUGCCAUUUCCAGACAUUGUACUUGAACGUAGAGCUUUAAUCAGAUCAACAUCAUAUUUCGUCAGUCUAAACCAAAUGCUUUUGCAACGUUAAAUUGCGAAGAUCUUGAGUUUUCGCUGAAGGGCGUGUCCGUGGCGGCUUGACAAAGUUCGAUGCUUCGCCAUGAAACAUGAAGUUGGGCUUACAAUGUCUAAUCUGCCCAAAACUUCACAUGUUUUAUUAGAGUCCUGGCCUAAAGACAUCUACAUGCCAAUCAGUUACAGUCAUAGUGCCACCUGCGGGCAACAGGAAAUGGCUUUAGGAAAACAGAGCACUGUGAUUAACUCCUCAUUGACAUUUAACCAAUACAACAUCAUAUUUGGUCAGUCUAAUCUUAAGGCCUUAGCGAUGUUAAAUUGUGAAGAUCUUGAGUUUUCGUUAAGCGGCGUGUCCGUGGUGGCCUGACAAAGUCUGAUGCUUCGCCAUGAAACAGGAAGCUGUUGUAAGUCAGGCAUACAAUGUCCAUCCUGCCCCAAACUUCACAUGUGUGAUAAGAGUCCUGGCCUGAAGACAUCUACAUGCCAAUAUUCAGUUAGUCAUAGCGCCACCUGGUGGCAACAGGAAUGGCAUGCUUUAUGCUGUAAUUCACUCCCUGAAACACAUUUAUAUGCCAUGAAGUACCAAGCAUGCUAGGAACAUGUUUAAUCAUGCAACACUUGGUUAAGUGCUAAUGUAUGCGAUAAACAGGAAAUUGUUGUAACUCAGGCAUACAAUGUCCAAUCUGCCCCAAACUUCACAUUUGAGAAGAGUCCUGCCCUGAACACAUCUACACGACAAUAUUCAGUUAUAGUAAUAGCGCCACCCACUGGCAACAAGAAGUGACGUGUUUAACACUGUGAUGCACUACUAGCAACAUACUAAAAUAUGCAAAGUACUAAACAUGUUAAAACAUUCUAAAACAUGCUAGCAACACUUAGCUGAGUGCUAAAGCAUGCUAUUAUAUUUAUGAAAGAGGAAGUUGUUUUUUUUGACUGCCAGUAUCAAGGAAGUUGUUGUAACUCAAGCAUACAAUGUCUAAUCUGCCUCAGACUUCACGUUUGAUAAGUGCCCUGGCCUGAAGACAUCUACAUGCUAAAAUUUAGUUAGUCAUAUCACCACCAGCUGGUAACAGGAAGUGUGGCAAAUACAAAUGACUAACAUAGCCCACCGUGCUCUGUUUUCCUAAAGCCACCGGGUGGCACUGGCAUGGGUGUGAGGGCCCUUUCAUCACUGCUUGCAGCUUUUAAUUUAAUAUUGUUACUUUACCAUAAAGAGCUGUGAGCAAGUAAAUAUGUACAGAGAAAAUUAAUAAACGAAGGUGGAGGGUAGAUGGAAGAUGGAGCAGAUAGAAUAAAAGCUGCUCAGAUAAAUAUAUUUCUUCGCAUUAGCAUAACAAAACCCCUAAUGUCAAGAUUGAAAGGUGUGUUAUUUGAAGAUGCAUAAGUUUCAAAGUGAUAUGUUAGUUAUAACAUCAUACUGGUUAAUUGUCAAAAUUGGUGCAGAAACCUCAUUUGAAGAUAUUAAACACAACUGGGGAGUUUGUCGAGGGGGUGAAUAUUUCCCUGAUAAUAUAAAAGAUGUUUUAUUUGUUUUCCAUUUACUAUUGUUUCAGUUUUAGUGUAGUGGUGUUGGGAUUAGUGUAUUUCUAUGGUCUUGGGAAGCUGACUGGUUCAAAUUUGUAGUGAUUUGUAGUAAUUUUGUAGUGACAUGACACAAUGCAUAAUUGAAUAUGUGAUUAAAUACACAUUGCAUGUCAUUUCUGUCUUUUGGAGCAAAUGCACAACACCGAGGUCAACUGAAAUUUAAGAAGUCAGUCCUUCAUUUAUCCAAUAUUUGAGAUGAUUGUCACAAACAUUUACCUUAAACUCUUUAACAUCUACUGAGUCACCAAGAAACCACGGAGCAGGAAUGUUCUCAUUAGACAUAAAGGGUGUAUAUGUUGACAGGUGCGAGAGACAAAGAAACUGAGACACAAAUAGAUGGAAGGAGUAAAAGAGAGAGGCAGACUGAAAGAGACGGGGGAGGAGAGAGAGGUAGGGAAAUGAGAGAGGAAGGCACAAUAAUCAAAGGGGGUGGAAAAGGGUAAGCAUGUUGAACCAGUCAGGCGAGUUCUUAUUACAGUAGAAAUGCAUCAUAGAAAAAUGACAGACUACAAGGAGUGAGAGAGAGCUUAAAUGCACAAGGGAAGAUGCGGAGAACCUGUCUCUCAAACUUCUAAUGGACACAGAGGUCCUCUAAGAACAAGAUAAGGAGCAGAGAGCACUGAGACCAAUUACUAGCUCUUUUUGGAUCCAGAGAGAGUGAAACAUCUGUCAGAAGAGCAACAAACUGAAGCUAAAGUUAACAGGUCUCCUCCGCCACCCUGGAUUACAAACACAUUUUUCCAGAUUUUAUAACAAUGGUAGGAAAAUACAGCCCUUCUUAAUUACUUCACAAAUGCUGCCAAUCUGAGAAAAAAAACGAAUAAACAUUUUUGAUCAAGUUGCUGAAAUAUGUUAGCAACCAGCCUUCCGUUUAUACUGUAAUGAAUAUACUUUGUGACAUUCAGAGACAUUUAAAAACAUGAAUUUGCAUACUGGAACUUCUGUAUAUCAGUUUCCUGAAUCAGACACAACUGGCGACAUAACUAAAGGUGCAGAAUCAUCCAGUGGAACAGCAGCACAAAAUCAUAGUCAGUCAUCUGUAAAGACUUUUGGCUCUGCAGCUGCUAGAUUCAAAAUACGUUCAGCUAAAACACUUCAGCGAAAGGACCUGAUGAUGAUAAAUAACAUUUCUGCAGUAAAAGUUGAAGACUCAAGCCAGAAAUGUGAUCCUGGUAAGGACCUCAACAAAGUCUGUACUUCUUCUGCUAGUGGUAUCCAUACUGACAUUGAUGACAAAAAGACAGGUACAAAUUUAGGUAAUUGCACUCGUAAGGACUCAGCUCUUUCCAUCAAUUCUGACAAGGGUGAUGUGAGUGCUAAGCAGUCAAACACUCAAGAAGAAGAGAGUCAGAAAGCAAGUGAGAGGAGCAAAGGAGAUGAUUUGAGGAGAUUUUACCAGUCAAAUAAAAGCAAAAGCUUAGACUGGAGAGAAACGAGUAGUAGAGCAGGAAAUGGGAACAGAACUGGGAUGACUAGUGGGACCAGAGACUUUAAUAAUUUUAUGACGCGAUCCGAUAGUUUUGAGAGAACAGAGGCAAACAACAAGGCAACUUCAUACACGCAAGAGAAUCAACCCAGUAGUGUUUCAUGGAGGAUUCAGGCUUACAGUGGAGCCAAUCAGAACGCUGACAGAAAGAUUUACCCAAUCUCGGGAUCUACAUCUGUGAGAAUGAACCGUGUAAAUUUUGCUCUGGAACAGGCAAGCAGUGGCCAGUCACUUCCAGCCAGAUUGAAGCCAAGACUUAGCCAAGGUAGUAUCAGAGAAGGUAGCAGUCUCUGGGCACAGCAACAAGGUGAAUCAAGUCUUGAUCGGACAGACAACAGAAUGGAAUCCUGGGCCAGAGAGCAAGGACCUUCCAAUACUGAGGAAGUAACUGGAAACCAAACAAUAACGGAAAGAAUUAAUAAACUGUUUGGGGUAGAUGCCAAAUCUGAUGCACACUCAAAAAAUUCAAUUGGAUUAAAACGCAACAAUACUCUAACUUCUGAUAAAUCAUUUCCUAAAUCAAUGGACACUGUGGACUCUACUCCAAGUAACAGAAAAUACACUACUGACUCUGUGUUUGAAACUUCUUCAAAUUCUUCUGACAGCCAACAGGGGAAACCUUCUUUCAAUGUAGAAAAAGCUAGAUCAUUGCCAAGAGGAUUUUCAAAAACAUACCUUGUUCAGAAGCAAGAACCCUCUACCAACAGGGAGAACAAAACUGUCCAAAGGGACAAUUCCUCUGGAUUAAGUUUUUCAAUGUCACCAAAGCCUAAAUGGAGUGCAGAAAUGUCCUCUAUUAAAAAAGUUGAGUCACUUCUGCCUGAAGACAAUGAAGAGACAAGCAGAAGGGGGUUUACAGGCUCUCCAAAGUACUGUAGUCAGUCCUUAGAAAGGACCAGGAGUAGUCUGUCAGCAACUGCUCAAUACAAUGCUCGCAGGAACCAGUCUACAUGUUCGGAUAGUAGUUCAAGCAUUUCCAGCCAGGGUGUCAAACAUUUGUUAAACACUUCCGGAGGAAUCAAGAAGGAAAUUGGGAAAGUCAAACAAUCAGAUAAAGAGAGUGCAAAAAGACUGGACAUAAAUGAAAACAAGUAUCUUGGUGGUUUGCAAUAUGGGAUCACCCAACCCAAGUACCCACUAGCCUCAAAAGGUGCAGCACACAAUGAAAUCCAUAAAGAGGAAGAGAAAGAUGAAGUUUUCACAGGUGAAACUGAAGGAAGGAGAGGAGAAGUUGUGCUAGAAAAAAAUUGUGUAUCAUCCUUUGAUUCAGUGAAGAAUACAAUCAGCAUGUUUGAAUCUUUGGCUCAACAAAGCAAAAACACACCAGAGAUUCUUCUUACCAGGAGGACCUUAUCUUUACCAGAGCAUCCCAAACCUGUGGCUCUUAUAAGGAAGAGUGAUUCAGAUAAAAAUCUACAUUUUCGAAGGGUUGUGGGGAAUACAGAAAGCCUAAGAACAAAUUUCUUUAACAAAAGUUAUUCCAAUGAGGAGACUGAAGGCACUCUAGAUACAAGUAGAACUCCUCAUUCAAAUUCCAUAGUCAAAGUAAGACCAACAUUAGAACGUCAGGAGACUUACAAAAAGAGUGUUGAGCUUGCUCCGGCAUUCAAACAAAUGAAUGACUCAAGAACUGACCAAGUUAACAACAUGAGGGAUGAAGAUAAAGCAACAACACUGAGUAAAAAACAAACAGAUGAACCAGAUUCUGCCAUCACUUCAACCUCAGGGCUCAGAAACAAAGGGGCAAUGGAAGAAAAAGCAGAAAUCCCAUCAAUCUCCCAACAGUCAAAUGUCAAAAAUGUAUUAAAACAACAGACAAUUAAUGUAAAAAUAGUUCAUGAUGAUGAUGAUGAUGAUGAUGUAGAAAACACACCGACUAACUCUCCUGAUACAGCCCCUCUUACAGUUAGCAUUCAGAAUCAGAUUAACCCUGAAGCCAUAACAGUCAAUGGUACCCAUCCCAAAGAGCUGCCCAAUCUUUCUCAAAGCUUUACUCCUGUCCAAACAACCUAUUCCUUCCUCAACAAUUCGAACAAUAACAACUAUGAAACAAGGAAUGAUUGCACCAUAUCGACUACUAGCAAGGCUAGGUGGAGCUCCGAUGAAGACGACGAUGAUGAGGAGGAAACUGAAACUGAAGAAGACUCUGACUCAGGAGAGUCAUCCAUGACCAUCACAAGCAACAUGAGCCAAUCAGAACGCAGAAGUUUUUCUCUAAGUCUUGUGGACCUAUGUAAUUAUGGUGGGGUGGACUAUAAACCAUCAGAUGGCAGUUUUUUAGAGGACUGUGAAGAUUUGCCAUCCACACGCUCUGCAUCCUUGAGCUCAGACAUCUCAGCCUUCUCUUCUGUGACUCUGUUGAGCACUGAUGAACUGGAUCGCUUACUGGAUGAUGUCAGGGGCUUGGGAGAUGACACCCUGCAGAAGUAUGAAGAUGUGCAAGUGGUUGUGUUACACAAGGAGGUGGGGAGUGGCUUAGGAUUUACCUUGGCAGGUGGAGUGGAUCAGAAUAAACCAGUCACAGUCCACAGAGUAAUCCCAGGUGGAGUAGCAGAACAAGAAGGCUCUAUCUUCGAGGGUGCUCGGGUGCUGUCCAUCAAUGGCACCGCCCUGCAGAACUCUGCCCACUGGGAGGCUCUGCGUACAUUGAGAAAAGCGAGGGGGCAGGGCAUGGCAGUGGUUGUUCUUCAGAGCAGUAACAGCAGAAAAGAGGCCACUGAAAGACCAGGAAUCACAGGCAGGAGAGUCCGUGUGAUACUGAAAAAGUCCAGCUCCGAUCUUGGCUUUAGUCUGGAAGGAGGGGUGGGCUCCAGCUCAGGAGACAAACCACUCACUGUACAAAAAAUAUUCCGUGGUGGACCAGUCAGUGAAGUGUUUCCUGGGGAUGAGUUGUUGGAGGUGCAAGGUCAGAGUUUGGAGGGUAUGAUGCGGCUUGAGGCUUGGAACCUCAUAAAGAAACUGCCCUCUGGUCCAGUGGAGGUCUUACUACACCGUCCUCACCAGCCACGCUGAAGACCUUUAUUUCCUUCUUGCACCUUACUUCUCAAAGCGCUUCGCAAUUCAGUCAUAAUUUAAACACACUGGUAUAGUUUUUUUCCUCUAAGAAUUAGCUGUUACGGGUUCUGUGAAGUUUUGCAAAUGUUCAGUUCUGCAAUUAUGAAGUAUCUUUUAUUAUAGUGUUUUCAAGUGUUCUUUUCUUUUUUUAAGAUAACAAUGAAUUAAUAAUGCCAUAAAAGCACUGGAGGCCUGGAGGUCAUUCUUAAAGAUUACUUAUUUUAAAUGUUUAUGCACUCACAUUAUGCAACUAUUAUAUUGUACAAUUGUUUAUUGUCUUUAUCAGAAGUCAUUAUAUAUAUUUUUUAGUUUUUUAUGCUACAUGUAUAUUCGUAUAUGUUGUCUGUACUGCACAGAUCCGUCCCAAUUAAACUUUUGUAAUAUUAAAGACAAAAGCAGCAACUA